CUGGCAGCCAUGAGGGUGCUUCUUAAGUACGCUGCUUGCUUCUUGGCCUUUUUCUCUACCGGGUUUUUGAUUGUGGCCACGUGGACAGACUGUUGGAUGGUGAAUGCUGAUGAUUCUCUGGAGGUGAGCACAAAAUGCCGUGGCCUCUGGUGGGAAUGUGUCACAAAUGCUUUUGAUGGGAUUCGUACCUGUGACGAGUAUGACUCAAUAUAUGCAGAACACCCCUUGAAGUUGGUGGUAACUCGAGCACUGAUGAUCAUAGCUGACCUUUUUGCUGGCUUUGGAUUUGUCACCCUGCUCCUUGGUCUUGACUGUGUGAAGUUCCUACCCCAUGAGCCACACAUUAAAGUCCGCCUCUGCUUUGUUGCUGGGACCACAUUACUUAUUGCAGGUGCCCCUGGAAUUAUUGGUUCUGUGUGGUAUGCUGUGGAUGUUUAUGUUGAACGGUCUUCUCUAAUUAUACACAAUAUAUUUCUUGGAAUUCAAUAUAAAUUUGGCUGGUCCUGCUGGCUUGGAAUGUCUGGGUCUUUGGGUUGCUUUUUGGCUGGAGGUCUCCUCACCUGCUGUUUUUACCUCUUUAAAGAUGUUGGACCCGAGAGAAACUAUCGUUAUGCCAUGACGAAGCGCUAUUCCACUGCAGGUGUGUCCAUAGCCAAGUCCUACGUGGCCCCUCGGACAGAGACAGCUAAAAUGUAUGCUGUAGACACAAGGGUGUAAAAUUGGCCAAAUGUCAAUCUGUGUUCAUAUGCUGUUAAAUUCAUCAGUCAAUGUAUUUGAGUUAAUAAAAACAACUGAUCAAU